GAUAUUUAACUUCCCUCCCCGUCGUCUCUUCCCACUCAAAUCUUUCAAGGAUCGGAUUCGAAGCCCCGUAUGCCUAUGGCUGCCCUGCUCCUUAACCUCCUCCUUCUCGUGGUCAAAGCCGCCGCCAUCAAGGUCGCCACUCCCUGCGCCAUCCCUCCUGACGACGGCUCCACCGUCCACAUCCUCCACGCCUUCGGUCCCUGCUCCCCUCUCGGCGCCGUCCCUUUCACCUCGUGGGAGGACACCAUAAUGGAUCUCCUCUCCCGCGACGCCUCCCGCCUGCUCUACCUCUCCUCUCUCGCCGCCUCCGCCGGCCGCUCCUUCGUCCCCCUCUCCCCCGGCCGCCAGCUCCUCCAGAUCCCGAACUACGUCGUCCGCGCCAAGGUUGGCUCCCCGCCCCAGUCGCUCCUCGUCGCCCUCGACAACAGCAACGACGCUGCGUGGUUCCCCUGCGCCGGGUGUGUCGGUUGUCCCUCCGCCUCCUCCUCCUUCGCCACCGCCCGCUCCUCCAGCUACCGCCCCCUCCCCUGUGGCUCCCCGCAGUGCAGGCAGGUCCCCAACCCCUCCUGCUUCGCCGGCGCUUCCUCUUGCGCCUUCAACCUCACCUACGGCAGCUCCUCCAUCCAGGCAGGCCUCGUACAGGACUCUCUCGCCCUCGCCGCCGACGUCGUGCCAUUCUACACCUUCGGGUGCCUCCAGAAAGUCACAGGCGGCAACUCUGUUCCACCGCAGGGGUUGCUCGGCCUCGGCCGCGGCCCCCUCUCCUUCUUGUCCCAAACAAAGAGCCUCUAUGAUUCCACCUUCUCCUACUGCCUCCCCAGCUUCAAGUCCCUCAACUUCACCGGCACGCUCCGGCUCGGCCCCGUCGGCCAGCCGAAGCACAUCAAGACCACGCCUCUGUUCUCCAACCCCCGCCGUUCCUCGCUCUACUACGUCAAUAUGGUCGGCGUCCGCGUAGGGCGGAAGGUGGUCGACAUUCCCCCCUCCGCGCUGGCCUUCGACCCGGCCACCGGCGCCGGCACCAUAGUCGAUUCCGGGACCAUGUUCACGCGCCUAGUUACGCCGGCGUACAACGCUGUGCGGGACGAGUUUCGUCGGCGGGUGAAGGCGUCUGGACCGGUGACAACGCUCGGAGGCUUCGACACGUGCUACGACGGGCCAAUGGUGGCGCCGGCCAUCACGCUGAUGUUCGCCGGGAUGAACGUGACGCUGCCGCCGGAGAAUGUGAUGAUCCACAGCACGGCAGGGUCGGUCUCCUGCCUCGCCAUGGCUGCGUCGCCGGACAACACGAACUCAAUGAUCAACGUGGUGGCGAAUAUGCAGCAGCAGAACCACAGGGUGCUCUUCGACGUCCCCAACGGCAGGAUCGGCUUCGCCCGUGAGCCCUGCAGCGGCGUAGUCUGAGCGACGUAGCUCUUAGUCUCGAUCAAGAACAUCAACCGCAAUUAGUAUCGUUGAUUUUUUUUUUUUAUCCAGUCAUGUGGGAUCGCUGUCAUGUUGAUUCCAUUCUCUUUCUCUACACUUCUAUCGAUCUUCCAGCUUGUUGACAGUUGACUUGUAGCAUGAUCACGCUUAGUUUAUGAUCGCCCAAUGGAAGGAAAAAUGUCAUGGCAAGCGUCAAA